UACUUAGUAGUAAACUUUAUUCAUUUGACUUAAUCAAUUUAGAAAAACUUAAUAUUCUUGUUGUUGGCUCUGGCGGUCGUGAACAUGCUAUUACCUGGAAACUAUCCCAGUCACCUAAAGUUGAACAUAUAUUUGUAUCCCCAGGUAAUGGAGGUACUGCAAGUGGGUUAGAUAAAGUAUCUAACAUUAAUAUCGCGGUUAACGACUUUGUUAAUUUAACAAAGUUUGCGAUAUUAAAUAAUAUUAAUUUGGUCAUACCUGGACCAGAGCAACCUCUUGUAGAAGGAAUUGAAUUAGCUUUUAGAAAAAUUGGAAUUCGAUGUUUUGGUCCAUCACUAAAAGCUGCUACCAUGGAAGGUUCCAAAACGUUUGCAAAAGAUUUUAUGAAAAGACAUAAUAUUCCUACUGCCAAAUAUGAGAAUUUUUCUGAUUAUGAAAAAGCCAAAGAUUAUCUAGAGUCAGUUACUUAUAAUGUAGUUAUAAAG